GAUCAACUGCCCAAUCGUACGUGUUUGCCCCUCACUCGCCGUCCGAUAAUUCCUAUAGAACAUCUCUCUCUCUCUCUCUCUCUCUCUCUCUUCCAAUCGAACAAAAGACGAGGAAGUUAUCUCCGCCGGCGAUGGCGGCGUCGGAAGACGGAGGAAAAGACGCCCACUCAGCCAAUGCUGGGGAGAAAUGCGCUUGCGGCUCGAACAACUGUGCCGAAUGCAGUAGGAGGCAAUCAUCGAGGUCGAGCUUGCCAUCAUCAUCGUCGUCUUGCUCUCUCCUUAGCUUCGACUCGUAUCCAGUUCAGGAGUACGAUAAGCUCUGGAGAGUUUACACGGCGUCCGUUAAGGGCUUCGCCAUCGGCGCCGGGCUGAAAGGUGGACUGGCCAUUUUCGCUCUUCUCACGCGCCUUCGUCGUCGGCGACUGCUAUCGGCAUCCAAGAAAGUAGAAAUGACUUCUACUAGUGCAGAUGUGAUACUAGCUCUGAAGGAGACUUUAAGAUACGGCCUGUUUCUUGGUACAUUUGCUGGGACGUUUGUGUCCGUGGAUGAGAUUGUUGCUGCUUUAGGUGGUCAUCGAAGGACGGCAAAAUGGAGGUCUUUGCUGGCAGGUGCUAUAGCAGGGUCAUCAAUGCUUCUUACUGGGUUGAACACUCAGCAUACAAGCUUGGCUAUUUACAUUCUCAUGCGUGCCACUGUAUUGGCUUCACGAUGUGGGAUAAAAAGCAAGAGAUUUGGCCAUAUAUGUAAGCCUCUAACAUGGGCGCAUGGAGAUAUUUUCCUUAUGUGUCUCUCCUCAUCCCAAAUUCUGUCUGCUUACAUAUUGAAUCAAGAUAGUUUGCCCACAUCUUAUAAGUCAUUUCUCAACAAACACGGAGCAAAGGAUCCUGUCAUCCUGAAAGGAGUGAGAGAGAUUGCCAGUGGUCUGCCUUUAACAAAUUUGAAAGCGAUAGAAAACCUUUACAAGUCCAAUGGUGUUGAUAUUAAACUAGAUCCACACAUGAAAGUACCUUGCUCGAUUAUCCAUGGGAAUCAAGCAUGCAGUACACAUUUCUUUUCCUUUUUUCUUCAAGCCUAUAAAAGAGCACUACCAGUAUAUCUUCCGGUUUAUCUAAUUCCUGCGCUGAUUGUACAUCGUCAAGGUCUUCUGAAAAGGCAUUACACAAUUUUAUGGAAAGGUCUUCUUGGUACUGCAAGGUCAAGCCUGUUCCUCUCAAUGUAUUGUUCAUCUGCCUGGAUAUGGACAUGCAUCCUAUUCAGGAUUCUGAAGAGAUGUAACAUUCCCAUGGUGGCGAUAGGAACUUUUCCUACUGGUCUAGCUCUAGCAAUUGAGAAGAAGAGCCGAAGGAUAGAAAUAUCUUUAUACUGCCUUGCACGAGCAAUCGAGAGCUUCUUCACAUGCAUGGCUGAUGUAGGAUACUUGCCCCAGUCUAAAAAUUUGAAAAGAGCUGAUGUUUUGGUCUUUAGCAUAUCAACAGCAAUUAUCAUGCAUUGUUAUGCCAUGGAGAGGGACGUGUUCCGCUCCAAGUACCUCAACGUGCUUGAUUGGGUGUUUGGUGUUCCCCUUCCGCCAAAUGAUGAAACUCCACGUAAGAAACAAUGAUGAGUAAUAACGUUCAAAUUCUUGAAAUUUGUUUGUCAUGAAUCCUCUCGUUGAUGUUACCGGGCAAAGCUCGUGCAAAACAAAUGUUGUAGAAUCAUUUGAUGACUUGGGAUCAUUUCCUAUCCUGUUAAAACAAUUUGCAUAGAUACAGGGGCCUCCACACUCUGACCUAUUUCUUCUUAUUA